AUGGGUUUCACUGAUCUCCUCACCGACGCCGGCCUGUCCAUCCUCAACAACUGGCUCGCGACCCGCUCCUACAUCGUUGGCUACACUCCCUCUCAGGCCGAUGUCGCCACCUUCAAGGCCCUGAAGUCUGCCCCCGAGGCUGCCAAGUACCCCAAUGCUGCCCGCUGGUACAAGCACAUCGCCACCUACGAGGAUGAGUUCUCCACCCUGGCUGGCGAUGCCACCAAGCCCUACACCGUCUACGGCCCCGAGGCCGCCGAGGUCACCCUGAACCCCGCCAAGGCCCCCGCUGCCGAGGACGACGACGACGUCGACCUGUUCGGCUCUGACGACGAGGAGGAGGAUGCUGAGGCUGCCCGCAUCCGUGAGGAGCGCCUGGCCGAGUACCGCAAGAAGAAGGAGGCCAAGCCCAAGGCCGCCGCCAAGUCCAUCGUCAUCCUCGAUGUCAAGCCCUGGGAUGACGAGACCGACAUGGUUGCCCUGGAGGCUGCCGUCCGCGGCAUUGAGAAGGAUGGUCUGGUCUGGGGUGCUUCCACGCUCGUUGCCGUUGGUUUCGGUAUCAAGAAGCUGCAGAUCAACCUGGUCAUCGAGGACGAGAAGAUCUCGGUCAGCGACCUCGAGGAGGAGAUCCAGGGCUUCGAGGACUACGUCCAGUCCACCGACAUUGCCGCCAUGCAGAAGCUGUAA